AGUAUUCAGUGUUUGUCACUCGUCGAGCAGUAAAAUUAAAUAUAAUAUUUGUAAAACGUACAAUUUUCAUAUUCGUCUGCAUAUUCUUCGGUCUGCACUGGUCUAAUUAAAGAAAGAAAAAGAACGACAAAAAAUAUGAAUACUAACUCUAACGAACUAAAGAAAUUAAAGAAAACACUCCGUGACGCAGGUGCGUAUGUGGACGGCAUGUCCAUCGAGGAGAUGAUGGAAAUGGAGGCCGUUUUGAAACUGUCCGUCGACAGUGAAUGGCCCGAAAUGCAGUGUGCUCUUCUGAAGAGCGAAAUCGAGUACAAACUAAUGCAUAACUCGUCGAUGAUCGACCAUCCGCCGGAAGCAGAAAAUACAACUGCAACUGCAACUGCAACUGAAACUGAAACUGCAACUGAAACUGCAACAACAUCGAAUUGCCCAUCAAAUCUGGAGCCAGACUAUGACGGUCCCUCAACAAGUCGCGGACGGCUCACCGCGCUAGCUCAGGUACAUCACGAGCUCAACUGGAGUCCGGAGCGGGAGCAGCGUCCGCUCCGCAAGCGGAAGAGCAACGGUGCCGACAACAUCGAUGCGAAUAAUAAGAAGAAGAAGUAGGAGGAGAUGUAGAGAUGUAGGAGAAGUAGCAGGAGGAGGCAGAGGAGGAGAAGAAAGAGAAGUAGCAGGAGAAGGCAGAGGAGGAAGAGGAAAGAGGAGGAGGAGGAGCGGUUUGUCAGCCAAUAACUCAAUGCCAUCGACUGCGCAUUUGACCAUCUGUGUGCGAUUACAACAAUACAGCUGUUCCGAUAUACCUGUUCAA